AUGGAAUGGCUGCUGGAGGGCCUGCUUGGGGCUGAGGGAGAUAUGGGGCUUCUGUGGGGCCAGUUGACCCAUGCCCUGGCCUGCAGACACUGUGGCAACAGCUGCCUCCAGAGUCCUGGAAACGUGGGCCUACCACUUCUGCACCAUGUGGCUUUCCUUGACUGCUUGUGGAAGCAGAAGUCAGAAGAGGAGGAGGAGGAAGAGGAUGCAUCUCUGGGUCCGUUGAAACCGUAUUCUCCCAAAGAAGUUCCUAUUGGAGAACAAACCACCAGAGCCCCACCUCAGCCAUCCUCUGGUUCUGAGGGCUUCCUUAAGGCAUCAGGGAUCCCAGAGCAAAUACUCACACAGCCCGUAAACCCUUCCAGAUCCUUCCCUACCUUCCAGAUCCUGACCAACCUACCUGUGAGGCACACGACAGCAUCAGGAAGCCGCCUGCAGCAGAGAAAAAGCCAGCUCUUCUGGGGUCUCCCCUCUCUACACAGCGAAUUCUUAGAUGCCGCCCUAAAAUUGUCUGUUGGUCCUUCUAUCUUCUUCAACAAGUUUGCUUUUCUGCCUAAGCCCAAUCUGCUGCUUCCCCAGUACUGCCCCUCAACCCAGCUUCCUACCCAUCAAGUCCAUACUAUGCAUGAUCUGGAAGGGUUGGCCCCUGAGCCUCAGCUAACUCCCCCUCCAUCUUCCCCUCCUGUCCUAUCCCUAGCCCUCCAUCUUAAGCCCUUUCCUGCAGGUCAGAAAGGAGUCUUAUCUUACACUGAGGCACAUGCACGAACUCCAGGGACAAGUCCCCUGGGAGUUCCACUUGGAUAUGACACUCAAUGGAGAACCACAAAAGAUAAAGAAAGCCUCCAAGCUUCUGAGCCCCUAAUGCCAGCCCCCUGCCAAUCCACAGUUUCUCUCUCAGAACCCCAAAAAGUCAACCCUGAAGGAGGACUUUCUUCACCUAAGGUUUUCUGGGGAAGCAUGGGGCAAAAAGAGAAUCCUCAGGCCUCUGAGUUUCCAGUGCCAGUCCUCCGCCUUCCCCCAGGCCCCAGGCCAGAACUCCAUGGAGGUAGUACCUUGCGAGAUCCAUCUGGAUAUGAGGCCCAGUCGAGAUGCAGAGAAAACUCAGAAAACCCCUGGGCUUUUCAGCCCACGUACUUGGACCUCAACCCAUGCUCAGUUCCUGUGCCAGGGAUCUAUGGAACCAGUCUUGCAUGUGUCCCAUCAGGACCUGAGGCUCCAUGGAAGGACAUACAGAGAAGAGAAAAUCUUUGGGUCUCUGCAGACACAGUUUCACCUCUCUGCCCUCCCUCAACUUCUCUGCCGGAGUCCACAGGAAUGGGCCCCCAGGGAGUUCUGCCUGAGUCCAAAGCUUUGUGGGAGACCAUAGGACAGAGACAGAACUUCUGGGCCCCUAAGUCUCCAGCCUCUGCAUGCAGCCCACCUCUAGCUCCCCUUCUAAAGUCCCAGAGAAUUAAUCCCGUGGGAGGCCUCCCAGGAUCAGAAGCUGUAUGGAAGGACAUUGCACAUUCCAGGAAUUUCUGGGCUGCUGAGCCUCCAUCUCUGGUCCUCAGCCCACCCCCAGCUCUUGUACUGGAGUCUUUCAAAGUAAGCCCCAUGGGGGUCCUGUUCGAUUCUGAGGCUGUAUGUGGGGACAUACAAAGGAGAAAGAACUCCUGGGCCUCUGAGCUUCUAGCACGCAGCUUACCCCAAGACCCAAAUGGAGCCAGCCCCCAGAGAAUCCUGUCAGACUCUGGGCUUGUUAGGGAGGUCAUGGAGCAGAAAGAGAACUGUUGUGAUCCUGUGCCCCCAGUUAGGGACCCCAGUCCACCCCCAAACUCUGUGUCAAAGUCCCACAUAAUUGAGCCUAUUGGAAAUCAGUGGGACUAUAAGCCUCAGGGGGAAGUAGCAGAGCAGAAAGAAAACUGCUGGGCCACUGAGCUUCCAGCCUCAGGCCCCAGCUCACACUCUGCCCCUCCACCAGAGCUGCACAUUGACUCUGAAUUCAUGUGGAGAAGUGUGCAGCAAAGAGAGGUACCCCAGGGCUCCAGCCCUCCAGCAGUGGAUGCCCUACAGCCAAUGUUCUGGCCUCCCAGUGUAGCUGAAACUAUGAAGAUUAAGCCCACCCAGACUGACCUCUUCAAGGGAGAGAUAUUCCCAGAGGCUAAGGUAGAGACUCUACCCUCCCAGGAAGAGACUAUCCCAGAGAUGCCCACCCACCCUGGGGUCCAGGCCUGGCACUGGAGUAGAGAGUUGGAACUCAGGCUGAAAAAUCUGCAGCAGAGCUCUGCUUCCAAAUUCCCUGGCCUAAGUCAACCAUUUUGCAGCUCUCCUGCCCCUAGCUCUACAACUCCAGGCUCCUGUGAACUCUCUUCCUGCCCCACACAGGACACUCAUCCUCCCAACCCGUGUGCCUACUCUUCAAGUUGCUGUUUCCAAAAAGCUCAGGGCACAGUACCUCAGCUUGCCCAGGUCUCCCACUGUCAUCACCCCCACUCCUUUUCCCAGCCUCAGUUACGAGGGGCUGGCAGGGCAAAACAAAGUUAUCAGAAACAGGAGAGUGUGAAGAGGAAGAUGGUGGUCCAGGUCCCCUCCCAGGAGUCAUGUGUUCACUUGCAGGCUGUUGACAAGUGCCCAGGCCUACAAGAGCCCUCAAAUCCUAAGGUUUCAGCUUCAGGCAAGAGGCAGAACAAGGCUUCAGCCCUACCUUCAACCAAAAAGAGAGAGCAACCCAAGAAAUCCAGAUCAGGAGACCACAGAAGAGGGGAUGCAGGAUUGGAGUCAUCCACAGUCAUAGGAAAGAGCCAACCCGCCCAGGCCCAAAGACUAGUGGAGGCCCCUGAAAGCAGACUUUCCCAAAGAUCUCAGCACAGGGGCCAGAGCUCUCUACAUACUGCUCUCCCUCAGCAGCUUCUCCCUAAGACUGAGGGUCUCCAGAAUCAGCAUGGGGCAGGGAUGGGAGCUGGUGACGUGCCGAACCCUCAGCACUGUAAGCACUGUAAGAGGCAUCUCUCCUCCCCCCCACCUCAGGCUCCACUUGCCAGGGGUCUCCAAAGAGUGUUAGCCAAGUUUCUGGGUACCCUUGGAACUCAGCCUACCAAAUCCAAUCAGCAGAGGAAAGGCUGGUAG